AUGUCUCUCGUCGCUCUCAAAAACCUCUUCUACGGAAAAACAAUCACACCUCUCCCGCGCCCAAGAUCAAACACCUCCUGGACCAACGCCUCAGAACCAUUACUCUCGCCCACCGACCGCUCACCUCGUCCUCCGGAAUCAUUCAAACACGGCGACUUAGAAUCUCAACACCCCAUCUCAUCUCAACCCUCAAAACCCAAGUCCAAAGGCUUCCGCAUCGACGCCCGCGUCAUCUCAGACGCUACUAUCGGCCUCUCAGACGGCCUCACCGUUCCCUUCGCCCUCACAGCCGGCCUCUCAGCGCUGGGCAACACCAAAUUCGUCAUCUAUGGCGGCUUUGCCGAGCUCAUCGCCGGUGCGAUAUCCAUGGGCGUAGGAGGGUAUCUAGGCGCGAAGAGUGAAUCCGCAUCAUACAAAGCCCAAAAAGAAGAAGUGCAACUCCUAGUCGCAACAGACCCUCACGCCGUAACCACAACGCUAACCCAGAUCUUCGUCCCUUACAACAUCCCCUCCCGCCCCCUCUCAGAAAUCACAGCCUCCCUCUCCCAAUCCCCGCAUCUCGUCGACUUCAUCAUGAAAUUCUCACACUGUCUCGAAGAGCCCGCUUCAUCGCGGGCUUUCACGUCCGCGGCCACGAUCGCGCUCGCUUAUUUUCUCGGGGGAUUGCUCCCGCUGAUCCCGUAUUUCUUUGUCGGUGUCGAUCAGGUGUAUCGGGGAUUGUAUAUUAGUAUCGGGGUGAUGGUCACGGCGUUAUUCGCGUUUGGGUAUGGCAAGACGUGUGCGGUUGUGGGGUGGGAGGGACGACGGAAUGUGAGGGAGGGCUGUUGGGGGGGUGUGCAGAUGGUGUUUGUGGGGAGUGUGGCGGCGGGGGCGGCGAUGGGGUUGGUGAGGGGGUUUAGUCGGGAGGAUGGGGUGUGA